AUGUCUCCUUCAUAUCCAACUUCUAUUAAAAAGGUGAAUGUAAUGCAACUGAAAAAAUUCCGAAAACUCAUCCGCACUCCACACAGUUCGCAGAGAUCAAUUGAUCUCUGCGAACUCUUCGGAGAUUUUUUUUAUAGCUUUUGUAAUGAUGCUAAUCAACGUUUUGAAUUAGGGAAAUCAUGGGACGUGAGCGUAAGUGUUGAAUAUGCAGAAAAAAUUGGUAAAGGGAAUAUUUCUCGUCAACCUUAUGUUUUGCCAUCUUCUAAAAUUUAUGGUCAUUGUGGUGCUACAAAAUUCUACAGAGAAAGCAAAGGCUUUUGUUGUUGUGAUGAAAAUGUCAAAUUACAGUUACAUGAUAUACCUCCUGAAAUGUAUGAUUUAUUUACUUCCACAUCUAAAGAGACUGUAGCUUUUAAAAAGGUUGUUCGUAAUUAUAACAAUCAUUUUGCGUUUACUUCGUUUAGUGUUAAGUAUAUGAAAGAAUUGUGUAAGAAUAAUAAAGCUAUAUAUACUUUCAGAGUUCAAGGACAAGUAUACCAUUUCAUAAACUCACUUGUGCUUAAGAAUGAUAAUCCAACAUCAUUAAGUGAAGUUAAUCAUUUAGAAUCAUGUUGUAUUUUACUAAAGUCUAAUCCUGGUGUUGAUCAAAGAAUAUAUAACUCGCCAACAUUAGAACAAGUGGUUGUAGUUUGGAAUUUAAUAGAAUUUAAUCAUGUCCAUUUUGCGGAUCAAUUAUUGGAAGUAGAAGACUAUGUUUUGAAGGUAAAGAAAAAACGAAUAACUGUAUCAUGUCGGGAAUAUUAUUGUUACAAGCUUCAAAUGAGGUGUGUAAAUAAUUGUAUUCUUUUACAUGCUAGCAGACUUUUACAACAAUAUGUUGUGGAUAUGUAUGUGAAAAUUGAAACAGCAAGAUUAGACUACUUUCAUAAUAACCAAAAAGUUAUAAGAGCUGAACUAUACGAGAGAAUUGUAGAUAGUGUACAAAAUGGUGAGAAUACAGGUUAUAAAAUUGGUAGAUCUUUAGUGUUACCUUCUGAUUUUGUUGGAAGUCCUAGGAACAUGACUAAAAGAUAUAUGGAUGCAAUGUCUAUUAUUCAGAGAUAUGGUAAACCUGAUGUGUUUUUGACAAUGACAUAUAAUCCAAAUUGGCUUGAAAUAAAAUGUGAAUUGAAAGAGAGUGAUGAAAUACAGAAUAGGCCAGAUUUGUUCGUACGAAUAUUUCGUGCCAAGUUUGAGGAACUGAAGGCAGAUUUGGUUAAGAGAAAAUUGUUGGAUCCUAUUGCUGCAUAUGCUUAUGUGAUUGAAUUCCAGAAAAGAGGAUUACCUCAUACUCAUUUUCUCCUUAUAUUUUAA